AUGCGCCAACUCAGGCUCACCUCCCCCUACCUCGGUGACACGGCCAUAACCGUCUCGACUGGAUCUGAACGUGGCCGCCGCCGUCGUCGUCGCUCGAACUCGCUCGAGGUCACUGAGAGCGAGCCGCGCCCCUCCCAGCGUCGUCGCUCCUCUCCCUCCUACGACCCCGACGACAUCUAUGCCCCUCCGCCUCAGCCACUGAGGGACCGUCUCGCUAUCGCGAAUCGCGAGUUUAUGCACCACUGGCAGCGCCUUGCCAACUCAUACGACGCCGGCCGCCACGGGCCUGCCGAGCUGGCGCUGGGCCGUAAGCUGGAAAUCGAAGUCAUCCUCGCUAGGACUCCGAACCCCCUACUCCUCUUCGCGACGCCUGAGGAAGCGGCCCAGGUCCGGAUCUGGCGCCUGUAUGGGCCUCUGCUCGAGCGUCAAGAGCGCGUGUUUGAUCAGAUGAUGGGUACGCCGCCGCGCCCGGCUUUCCCAUUCCGUCGGUUCCUUGACAAGGUUCAAAUCCGCGUCAUCGACGAGAACACGCCCGACCACCUCUGGCAGGCGUGGUUUGACCCUCCCGACAGCGACAGCGAGGCGACCGCCAACGAUCACCGCAGCGACAGCGAAGACGACACCCUCUUCGACGAGGAGGAGCCCGAAUGCCCCCACACCCACGACGCGCUUCUCCAUUUACUGGGGCGCCCCUGUGAGGGCUAUUGCAGCAUGCGCUGGUACUUUACACACCACUACCAGCCCGGCUCCACCUGA